UCGCGUGUCAAACGAGCGCCGAACUUAAAGCCGGAAAGACGUUACCGGCGCAUGCGCACCAGCUGCCUUCGGUUUAUUAUUUUGUUUUCUAUAUUUUUUUUCGGUUGCGAGGCUUUUAGUUUACCAGUCAACCAGUUUCCAUACAAAGUUCGCUUUCAGUUUCGUUUGCCAGACGGCGAGAAAAAGAAGCAGCGCCCCAACAAAAAGUGCAGUGAACGACGUGCCUUAAGCUUAUGAAUCGCUGACGUGAGCACCGGGAUAUUCCACAUUUUCCACCCCAACGCCCCCAUCCUGCCCGGCCGAAAUGCAAUUGCUCUGGGAGCCUCGAAGUGUGCAAUGGAAAAUUGCAAUUCUAAUUAUCGCAUUAGUCGUCGACGUGUCGUGCAUAAGAAAUGGCAACGGCGAGGAAAACCAAAUCUCCGUGAAGCUGAAAAACUUCUUUCCCUCGGAGGCAGUGCCUGAAGUCUCGGAAGCUCAAAAUCACGCAGAAACCUCCGCCAGAGUAACCAACGGCGGAGGAGGCGGCUUCAGACCCUCCCAAAUGCUGGACUUCACACCCUCCGAUGUGAUGCCCCAGGGAGGGGGAAAUCGCUAUCCCCCAAGCUACUUGGAACCAAACUAUAAACACGAAAUACCCAGCUCUUUGGGCCAGCAAGUGGCCUCGGACAAGCAGUUCUCAUUCCCGGAGGACUCUUCCUCGGUGUUUCAGAGCACUCCGCUGCCCACGACUCCGGUGGUCAGCUACUUGGAUCCGUACACCCAACAGAACUACCGCUACACACCCACACCGCCUCCCAUAAUUCAGUACCAGAGGGAGCAGCAACCACAAGACGAUCAGGUGUAUACUGUCCAGUCUUCCCUUCUGGUGGGCAGUCAUCAGAAUCCGAAUCAUCAGCGUCCUGGUCACGUGGAGGACGUGUAUCUGAAGCGACCCGGCUACGUCUUCGACGAGAGCCCGUCGACCAUCUACCGGCGACCCACACGACCUCCGCCCUCGCUGCCGCCCCCGCCCACCACUGCGUCGCAUAAAAUAUCCUACGACAGCCACGAUUAUCCGCCGCCCAGCUACGCCGCCCAGCAGACAUCCAAUUUCGUGCCCCAACAGCCAAAGCAGCGACCACUGUACCAGCGCCAAGACAUCUCUGGGCAUCGAGGGGGCCCAGCUCCGGUAUCCCCAGUGUCCCCGGCAGUUCCAACAUCCCCAGCUUCGUCUAAUUAUGCAAACAGCUUUGAUAAUUAUUUGCAGCGUCCGAACCCACAGCAGAUACAGAUACAGAACCCCCAGAACCAGUAUGGGCAAUAUCAAUACAACCCCCAGAAUGGAGCUGGAUUUGGAGGAGGUGGAGGCCCAAUAUAUGGAGGUGGAGGCGGAGCAGCUCAACCCCAGCGACCCAGGCCGGGACACAAUUACUACGAGUAUCAAAUUGGCGAGAUACCGCCACCACAAUCCCAGCACUUCCAGCAACAGCAGCAACAACAGCAUUUCAACUAUCGUCCUGGCACUCAGUCACCAGGAGGCGGUGGAGGUGGAGGUGGUGGAGCAGGUGGUGUGGGUGGUGGUUUAGCCACCCUGGCCUCGCUGUUCAGCUCGACGCAGCAGUAUGCACCGCAAUUUACGAAUCUCCUUUUGGGGGGCGGUGGCUCUUCCGCCACAUCGGCAACAUCCUCACCAUUAGGCAGUCUCCUCGGCGCUUUCGCUGGGACACAAGGAGCAGGCUACCAGACCGGAGGACAUUCAGGGGGUGGUGGUCGACCACCCAACACACAACUCAUUAGGGCACUGGAGAACAUAGCUCGCAACGACGAUUUGCAGUGCGUGCCCAAGGUGCUCUGCCAGAUGAUUGCCGGUCAAACGUUACGUGGCCAAUUGCCCGGAUUCGUUACCUCCCCGGCCAUAGCCAAUUUUCUGGCUGGUUUUCCCGUGGCCUCACCUGCUUUGAUUUACGGCAGGGCCGCCCUCCUUGGACUCAGUGGCGGAGAAAGGAGCUGCAUCCAGACCUAUGAAAAGUGUCCCAAAAAUGAGAUGGAAAUCAUUCAUUAUCUCAACAACCAUCGCGGAGGCUUCUUUAAGUUCUUCAGCGAACCGGAGGAGCUGCCGCCGGCUUCUCACCAAGGAGAUGGCGGCACUGGCUCCCUAUUCAGCAUCCUCUCCGCCUUGACAGGUGGGGGUGGUGGUGGCGGUCAGAGCUACACCACACCCAGGCCCGUUCCACGGCCGACUCAGCGACCCUCCACCGACAUAGCCAGCGGUAUUGGAAGUUUCUUCACCCAGGUGCUAUCCGAAUACCUGAAUGGGGUAGAGUAUCAAAGGAGGAGGAGGCGCAGGAGCAUUAACAUAGACGAUGACUUCCAUGAUGAAGAGGACAACCUGGAUACGGAAAUGGGUCGUCAGUUGGUAAAGUUCCAGAACGACGAGGAAGAGGAAGCUGCCAAGGCUCACACCGAACUGAUAGGUGUCCUGCAGUUUCCGGAGGACGAAGGCCAAGGCAGGGUGGUUAACUUCAAGGAUAUUCAAAGUGAGGAGCAGUUUGGCGAAGGAUCAGUGCGCUUUCCGGAUUCCACGCCAGCGGACGUUAUCCGGGAGUUCAAUCGGGAUGCGGCCCAAAGGAAGCUCAGAUUCCCCCAAGACGAGGAUGAGCAGAAGAAACCCAUAAGGGAAGGCAGGGAACUAUCCUUCAUGGAGGGCUGGAAGGCAGUCCUGCCGAAUGACUUGACAGAGUCAGACGUUGGGGUGGACAAACGAAGGGGAAAGAGGAUCGUGUUCAGGGAUCACAACGAACACUCGGAUGAGGAAAGGAUUCGGGAUGAGGAGCAGUUCAGGGAGGCUGAGUUGAGAGAAGAAAGGAUUAGAGAGGAACUGAUCCGGGAGGAACAAAUAAGAGAGGAACAAAUCCGGGAAGAACAGUUGAGGGAAGAACAAUUCCGCGAAGAACAAUUCCGCGAAGAUCGAAUCCGCGAGGAGCAACUACAAAUCCAGAGAAUUCGGGAAAAUCAACACUCCGGAGGCUACAAGGAUGACUCCCCGCCGAAUGCGGUUUAUGAGGAAGCUGCUCCGCCACAACGCGGUGCCCGGGUCAUAUUCCCCGACCACUACGAACAGCACAUCCGGAAGGGCAAGAUCCUGAACCGACCCACCUACGCCCCCACCUACGAAUACAAUGACCUGAGAGAAGAACCGAAGGAGGACCGCUUUGUGGUCAGCGAUGAGCAUAGACCGCCCCAACGCUACCGACUAGAGGGGGGCUUCAACACCCUCAACUACGGCGAGUACAUGCCAGGGAACACUGUACGCUUCGCAGAGCCCGAGAAUGAAAGGCCCAACCACUACAACUACCCCAAUACCAACUACAUCAGCGAUAAUCGGUAUGGGAGUAGCCAGAACCAGAAGCCACACUACGAAGACGACAAGAACAUCUACGUGACGAAUUCCCAGGGAAUCAAUGAGUACUACAUCCGUCCCGAUGGCGGCAAAGUGUAUCUGAAUAAGGGUUAGACCUUGCCAGACAAUGCAUCUUAAACAUUAUCAUAAUUUAUGUGAUUUUAUUUAAUGUAAGCUUUGUUGUUUUCGAUUUAUUUAA